GAUAGGCACAAUUCGGACGUUGAGCGUGUCCUUGACCGCAUCGCGCUCAGUGCAACACUCUCCUUUCAUCAUCCUCUGUGCCAUCGUGCAACUAUGUUGACCACGACAUCGCAGUGCGUGCGUCUUCCUCGUGCGCUGGCGUCGCAGAAGCGCGCCCUGCAUGAUCUAGUCACUCUGCCGUCUGGCAAACCAGCUAUUCGCUAUGGUCCUCCUGGGAGGAGUGCUGUUACCGGAAAUGUUGCGACCGUUUUCGGUUGUACGGGCUUCCUUGGGCGUUACCUUAUAGCAAAGCUGGCGAGGGCGGGUACUCAGGUGAUCGUUCCAUAUCGUGAAGAGGACAGCAAGAGACAUCUGAAGGUUACUGGGGACCUCGGACAAAUUGUAAACAUGGAAUGGGACCUGCGCGAUGAGAAUCAGAUCGCAGAGUGCCUUCGACACUCGGAUAUCGUUUACAACUUGGUUGGACGUGACUACGAGACAAAGAACUUCAAAUUCUCUGACGUGCAUGUUACUGGCGCGGCACGGAUCGCUAGAAUAGCAAAGGAGUCAGGUGUAACUCGAUUCGUUCAGGUCUCACAUCUGAACGCAUCACCCGACUCGACGUCACAAUUCUACAGGACGAAGGCCGAGGGCGAAGAAGCCGUCAAGGAAAUUUUCCCGACGGCUACCAUUGUAAGGCCGUCCGCUAUCUACGGCUAUGAGGAUCGUUUUCUCAAGAACAUGGCCGUAUGGCCCAUCUGGUGGAAGCUCAACCACAUGCAAACUAGGGUCCGCCCAGUACACGUCAUGGAUGUCGCCCAAGCUCUGUCCAAUCUUAAUGAUGUCCCAGUGCUCCCAGGCACGCUUAACCUACCAGGUCCUUCCGAGUUGACUCAUGAAUAUCUUCUCAACCUCGUUUCUCACGUCACUUAUCGACCUUUCUCUCGCGCCCCGGUCGUUCCCAAGCGUAUUGCAAUUGUGCUUGCUAAAGCCGCUCAGUCAGUUUGGUGGCCAGCCCUGAGCCCCGAUGAAGUCGAAAGGCGAUACAUCGACGACGUGGAUGUUCCCGGUGACUGGGACAAAGUUGGCCUUGAGCCAGGUGAAAUUGAGGACCAUGCCAUCACCUAUCUCAGGAUGUACCGUUCUGCGGAGAACUACUCACGUCCCGUGGUCCUGCCCGCUUCUCGAGAAUCAUCGUACGAUCUUGCAUAGUGUGGUCGUGGAACCUUUGCACCCAUGUGUGACUGCGAGUCACUAAUUAUAGUUCCUCAAUACAUUUGCAUGAGUAUGCUCCCUUGGCUGUCUUCUACAAGAGGAAGCAUCCAAGUCUAGAUUGUAAACUUAAAGAAACCUCGGUGAAAUCGAACAUCAUCCAACGCUGUUAAGUGAUGUCGUCGCGUUUAGUAACCGUAAGAAGUAUAGUGCUCAUCCGCUCAAGCACAGUGUAGACAAAUCUCGGCAUAAUCAAACAGAUCUCAUGA